AGCAGAACACCUUCGGUAGCAGCCAGGACUCUAGAAGCUGAAGCAGAGAGACCAGUCAAUCAUCUGGUGGUCAGCUAAGAGCGCUUGAAUGUUCAGCAAUCGCCUACCUCCGGAGAGACACGCAAAAUCCACCAAUCACAGUAAUGCUAGGCGCUCCCUUCGCCGGUCUAACAGGUUAAAAUCCACCGCGACUCGUUCCUCCGCAGCAACAGUUUCUGUGGUUGACUAACACUCGGCAGCCUCACUAAGAUGGACGGCUGGACGCGCCACCGUGCCGCUCGACUGAUAUCGACUGAGUGUUCAAAUAGCUGGUGCCAUUGCACUGGCAGGAGAAGAGAUACAGGUUCUGGUCGCCGAUCGACUUAAUUCGCAACAGCAGCCGACGAGAUGGAAUCAGGGGCGCUUCUCCUGGGCGUGUUUCUCGCGCUGCUCUGCGUGGGUGUCGUGCGCGCGGCGGACACGGUCGCCGUGGGCCGGCCGCUCACCCUUGGCCAGACGCUCGUCUCUCCCGGCCGCAAGUUCGCCAUGGGAUUCUUCCAGCCUGACGGAGGAGCCGCCGGAAGCUGGUACAUGGGAAUCUGGUACCACAACAUCGCCGUUCAGACGCCGGUUUGGGUGGCCAACCGCGACACGCCGGUCUUCGAUCCAUCCUCGUCACGGCUCGCCAUCACGCCCGACGGCAACCUCGCUCUAUUUGACGGCACCGGCUCGAUCGCUUGGUCCACGAAAGUUAACACCAGCGCCAUAGCCAACGCAACAGACACGGUCGCCGUCCUUCUCGACACGGGCAACCUCGUGUUAUCGCCAGCGUCCAACGCCUCCGCGGUGCUGUGGCAGAGCUUCGACCACGUCGGCGACACGUGGCUCCCCGGCGGGAAGCUCAGGCGCGACAAGCGCACCGGCGAAAUACAGGGGAUGUUCUCGUGGAGGGCGCGCGGCGACCCCGCGCCGGGGAUGUACGCCCUCCAGCUCGACCCGUCCGGGGCGCCGCAGUACGUGCUGGUGGCCAACGGCACCCGAGAGUACUGGCUUACUGGCAACUGGACGGGCAAGUUCUUCACCGGCGCCCCGGAGGUCGCAGCGUCGAGCGGCAGCUCAGGGUACAGCUUCGCGUUCGUGGACAACGACGAGGAGAGCUACUUCACGUACAACUUCGCCGUCAACACGACGGUGUACCGGUUCGUGAUGGACGUGUCGGGGCAGGUGAAGGGGUGGUUCUGGGUGGAGGCCACGCAGGGGUGGAACCUGGUGUACGCCGAGCCCAAGGCACGGUGCGGUGUGCCCCGCGGCUGCGGCGCGUUCGGCGUCUGCAGCGCCGGCGAGGCCACGGCGUGCGACUGUGCCCGGGGCUUCCGCCCGCGGAAUCCAGCCAACUGGGGCUCCGGCGACUACAUCGACGGCUGCGUGCGUAACGCCCAGCUGCAGUGCGCCAAGAACAGCAGCGGUGGCGUCGACACUGCUACCGGCUUGAAGAAGGAAGGCCAGGACAAGUUCCUCCGCAUGGAUGGCAUUGGGUUCCCGGAUGACGGUCGAGUAGUGGGCGCGGCGAGCACCGGCGACUGCCAGAGCGCGUGCCUUGGGGACUGCACGUGCUCCGCUUACGCGUACAACACCAGCUGCUUCCUGUGGCAUGGCGACCUGCAAACUUUGCAGGCCGGUAUCGGCGAUGACCAGGCCGGCGCGGGAAGCCUCUACCUCCGGCUGGCCGCGUCGGAGAUCCCAGGCGCGAGAAGCCACAAGUGGCGGAACAUCAAGAUCGCCGCCGGUGCACUUGGCAUCGCCUGCUUCGUGGUCGCCGCCUCCAUUCUUCUAGUUCAUACGACAAGGAAGAGAAGAACAGCGAGAGUCAACGGUCUCGCCGUCGGCGAUGGCUGUGUGAGCUACAAGUACAGUGACCUGCAGUACCUGACCAAGAACUUCACUGACAAGAUCGGUGCCGGCGCCUUCGGGUCGGUGUUCAAGGGUCAGUUCUCCGACAGCACCGUGGUGGCCGUCAAGAAGCUGGAGGGGCUCCGGCAAGGCGAGAAGCAGUUCCGCGCGGAGGUGAGCACGCUGGGCACCAUCCAGCACGUCAACCUGAUCCGCAUGCUCGGGUUCUGCUCCGACGGCGGCGCCGACCGGAAGCUGCUGGUGUACGAGUACAUGCCCAACGGCUCGCUCGACCGCCACCUGUUCCGCAAGACGUUCUACGUCCUGAGCUGGCAGGUGCGGUACCAGGUUGGGAUCGGCGUCGCCAAGGGGCUCGCCUACCUUCACGAGAGGUGCCGGGACUGCAUCAUCCACUGCGACGUGAAGCCGGAGAACAUCCUCCUCGACGCCGACUUCGCGCCCAAGGUGGCGGACUUCGGGCUCGCCAAGCUCGUCGGCCGGGACUUCAGCCGGGUGAUCACCACCAUGCGGGGGACCGUCGGAUACCUGGCGCCUGAGUGGAUCAGUGGCGAGGCGAUCACGGCCAAGGCCGACGUGUUCAGCUACGGGAUGAUGCUCUUUGAGAUCGUGUCCGGGAGGAGGAACUUCGAGCAAGGGGAGAGGCGGUUCGUGGCGUCGUCGUCGGCAUGCGCGACAGGCGCGGAGGAGCAAGCUACGACGACGACGGCGUUCUUCCCGUUGCUGGUGGCGCGGAGGCUGGCGAAGGAGGAGGACAUGAUGGCGCUGCUGGAUCCCGAGCUGGAAGGGGACGCCAGCGCCGACGAGAUGAGGAGGUUGUGCAAGAUAGCCUGCUGGUGCAUCCAGCGCGACAUCGACGCUCGGCCGACGAUGGCGGAGGUGGUGCAGGUGCUAGAGGGGUUGACGGACAUCGAGAUGCCACCGGUGCCACAAUUCCUUGAAGUGCUAGCGGGACAAGCGAUACAAGAGUCGGUCUACCAUAGCACGGAGCAGCGUUAAGCUCUUUUUCCGCUCAUGGUUGGGAAUGUCAGCAACUUUGUUAAACUACUGGAAAAAAAAAAUUACUAAGUUUCAGCUAA